AUGAGUUUCCAAACGUUUUCAAUUCUCAUAGUAUUUUUCCUCGUAAAAUUCGAGUUUUCCCUCUCGACGAAACAUGGUUUAGUAGAAAUCACUGCGAGUAAUUAUCAAAGUUUAGUGAUUAACGGAGACAAAGAUGCUUGGAUUGUCGCUGUGAAAGGUGCAGGGAAAGUUUCAAUGGAUGAAUGGAGGAAAACCGAACUUGAUAUGCGUGGAUUGUCUGUUCGAGUCGGAAUAAUUGAUCCUCACACAGAUGGAGCAUUUUUGAAGAGGAAGGGUUUCCUCCAGAAAGACAAAAAAUAUCCAGUGGCUCGUGUUUUUCCUUACGGUGGUUACAAAAUAAAAGAAACGGGAAAAAAAGAUGUGAAAUCUCGAUUAGAAGCCGAAACUGAGGCGCUGGAAAGUCUUCCAGAUGAAACAACCAAGGUUUCAACAAUGGAGGAACUACAGCAGUGUGUGCGAAGAGGAUACGCAGCCAAACCCCUCAAAAUGCCAGUUUUACUGCUAACAGACAAAAGCAUCACAUCACCCCUUUUCCGUGCUAUUGCCCUCAAAUAUUCUAAAUAUUUCAACUUUGUUGUCCUCCACAAGCCGAGUCAAGAUGUGUUGCACAAUUUCCAACUAAGACAGAUUCCAGCAAUUCUGGUCAUGAUUGCAACACAAAGUGAAGACAAGAAUAUAGUCAGAUUUAGCUCAGUGAUCUACGACCCCAAGGAAUAUGGUGGAAUAUCCUACCUUAAUUUGACGAGAUUUUUCUUCUCUGUCCAUGAGAGGCACUGGCUAGAUCACCCAGACGCGAAGAAAUACAAAGGGAAAGUUGGCUUGAGGGAGUUCUUCAUUGAAGACGUGAAGAACACACUGGGGGGAGAGUUUGAAAGUGACAGACGGGAAGAUGAGAGUAAAGUGGCCAAAGAAAUUACGUUCGAGAAUCAAAACAGAAUGUGUGCAGAUUCUAAUAGAGGCUUAUGUCUAAUCUACUUGGUGAAUGGCAAGGACAAGAGAGGGGUCAGGAAAGCUUUGAAGUUUUUUAAAGAUCUACAGAAACUGUCAAACGUCAAAGGUAAACCCAUACACUAUCUCUGGAUCAACGGAUCUUGCCAUCCUGAAUAUGGUGAAAUUUUUGGAAUCUCUCCGCACAAGCUUCCAAUGUUGCUGUUUGCAAAACCAAUGCAGCGGUUGUUUAAAACUCUGAGUGGAAGCUUCAAAAAGGAAAAAGUCAGUGAUAUUAUAUGGAAUAUAUUCCUCGACCGUGCGACGUUGUCACCUUUUUCACGGUUCAACGAAAUUCUCCCUGUUGAUUGCCAGAAAGGGGCAUCUUCUGAGCGAGCUACGAAAGAGGAAAAUCAAGAUAAAAAUAUUAAAUCAGGGGAGAAGAAAAAGAGCGAAAAGAAAGCUUCAAGUAAAGGAAAGGAUAAAAAGGCGAGCAAAACUACGAGAGUUGACGAACUCUGACUGAAAGAAUCUUGUUUUUGUUCCGUUCUUAAUGAAAAUGAUUUUGUAAUUGGAAGAUAGGGUUUAAACGUGAUGGAGUGUUCGUUAAUCUUUACUUAAGACCAGACUUAAGACUAAGUAUUUUAUUCUUGUCUCCAAAUAUCGUUCAGAUUUUUUUCCUUAUUUUGCGAUUCACAAGACCUGAUAUUGUAAGAGACAAGUUGAAAUAAAAAUUACUGAUCAUCACAACUUUCUCAUGGGCUCAAACAAAAUACGACGCUCGUACAAAAAAAAAUUUAAAGAAAUAUAUAAACAACAAAAAUAAUAAUAGUAAUAGUACUAAUAACAAUGAUAACCAUAAAGGUUUCUUCAAAUUCUUACUCUGAAACUUUAUUCAACUUCCCAUGUCAUAAACAUGGAUAUGUACAAUAAAUUAUGCAACGAUAGUAAAUGAAACGGAACUCUGGCGGUACAAAAAAAAACUGUCCUCUCCUUGUGACAAUGAAGUACACAAGAACAGCGUAAAAACUCACUUGUCACUCUAUAAUUUUGAAUUACUUCGCAGUAUUCAGUUAAAUAAACAGCUUCAAGUAAA